GUAGCCAGAUUCCUGAUUCUUGUGACCGGUCGCCGGAUUUCGGUCAUCGGUUGCUGGAUUCUGGUGACCGGUCACCAGAUUCCGGUCAUACGUUGCCGGAUUCCGAUGACCGGUCGCCGGAGUCGGCGCCCGGCCACUGGUCACCGGAGCACAGCAAGGUGGAGGAUGAUUUCUCUCUCUAAGUGAGAAAGAAUGAGAGGGCAAAAAAGUCUCAAAAAUAAAUAAAAAGAAUAAAAAAAUAAUUAAUUGGGUAUUAGGGAAAUAAUCCCUUAUAGUAUUUUGGGUAAAUGUGGUUAAAAAACUAUUAGUGGAGCAAGUGGGCAAUUUUUAAGCUAAAAUUGAGUAAAUGAUCAUUUCUCCAUUUGUUAAAUAUUUUGAACCAUUGGAUAUAUUACUAAUCCAAUGGUCCAAAAUAUUUAACAAAAUGAGGGUAUGGCAAACACCAAGGUACCCAAGAAUUCUCCACCAAAUUGGUAUUUAUCUUAUGCUUUAAAUUAGUGCAUAUACAACAUACUCUACCAAUACAUGCUAUAGAAUUCAUGUUAAAUUCUCUGGUUAUGCAUGUUAAGUUUUCAGGUCGAUUGGCAAGGUUUGCCAAUUAAGUGAAGUUUCAAAGAUUAUGUUUUCCAGUUUUCAGUGUCUUCCUUGCCUCUCCGAUCCAAGUGAGCUUUUUCUUCAACACCCUUUUUGGAUUUUUCAUAAAGCCAGAAAUUAAAAAAGUAAUCUUUACUGUUACUUAGUUCUGUUGAAUCCCAACUCAGCCAAAGAUCGUUUCUUUUUGUUAGUGUUGCUGUUUUUUUUGGUGGAGCUUGACUUUUUUCUUACAUGGGAAUACUAUUCCUUUUUGGUGUUUGGUUGGUGGGUUUAGUUCGGAGGUAUGCUUUGGGUUUAAAAGCUGCAUUUGUGAUGCUGCAUCUGAUAUAUGUUGGUGUUCUUUUUCUGUUUGAUGGAGGUUUGAUAGAGAAAACUAAAAGAGAAUCAUGGUAUACAGGAACAUAUUUGGCUCUUUUUGUGAUUACAUUGGUUCAAUACUUCGUUACUUCUGGUUCUUCUUCUGGAUGUUUAGACAAAGCAGUUCUGCAGCUGAAGGAAAACGGUGUAGACCCAAGUCCUUGGAGGCUUUGCACCGUGACUCAAGUAGAGGAAGUAGAGAUUAUAUUGAAACUUAUUCCAAUCCUAGCUUUCCAAGGGACACAUUUCUAAUCUGUUCUGAGAUUUGCAUGUUUGAUACUCUUUUUUGGGUUUGAAUGAGUUAUCUCGUAUGCUUGGUAGGAGAAUGUGAAGUUUCGUAUGUUGGAUUUCUUUAAUAAUGGGUUUUUAUGCAAAUGUUGAGUCUUUAGCUUCAUUUUGAUAUUGGCUUUUGC